UAUACCGCAGAGUGGAGUUUGUGUAACCAUCACUGAUGAGCUCUUCGCAAACUAGGAAAUAGGAACGCUUGUAAUUUGAGCAAUUGCAUAACGUGCUGUUACAAAACGGGUAAAUAGAGAAGCCUACGUAAGGCGAUUUGUGGUAGGGUUAGCGGAGGAGGUAUUGUUUAUCAGUAGGAUAGGCGAUACACAAACUGAGCCAGAGUACUGGCUGUAUGUUACACUGCAGGUAAGGAAGCAGGGCUGCAGCUGCUGCUGUGCCAGUCGAGUGGAGCUGCUCUCGGUCGUGUCCCGUUGUUGUCUGCCAGGGAGUCCGGUAUCGCCUCCUCCUCUUCCUCCUCCCCCCAUUGGCCCCAGACGCAGGGCACCGGCAUGUCGGGCAGGUCGCCACCCUCACCACAGGGGGGCGCUGCAGGCAAGGGAGCGGCCAAGCGAAAGCUGCAGGGCGGCGAGGGAACUGGCGAGAAGAAGGCGAAGAAGACGGCGCCCGAGCAGGGGGCCGGCUGGCUGGCGGAGGCUGUGGCGCAGUCGAGGCGCCAGGCUGGGCUCUCAGUGCAGGGCUUCGGGUUCGACAAGAAGCGGAUGCGCGUGCUGUCCAAGGCCAGUGCUAUGAAGGGGGGCUCCGAGGGGGUCCUGUACUGGAUGUCCCGGGACCAGAGGGUCCAAGAUAACUGGGCAUUGCUCUAUGCCCAGCAGCUGGCCCUGGAGGAACAGCUGCCCCUGCACGUGUGUUUCUGCCUGGUGCCAUGCUUCCUGGACGCCACCAUCCGCCAGUUCGGUUUCCUGCUGAGAGGCCUGGAGGAGGUCGCCAAGGAGUGCUCUGCUCUGGGGCUGGAGUUCCACCUGCUGCGGGGCUCGGCCGGUGAGGUGCUGCCGCAGUUCGUGCAGAAGCAGGGCCUGGGCGCCGUGGUGACUGACUUCGCGCCCCUCAGGCUCCCGCUGCAGUGGGUGGAAGAGGUGAAGGAGCGGCUGCCUCAGGACAUUCCUCUCAUUCAGGUGGAUGCCCAUAAUGUAGUGCCCUGCUGGGUGGCAUCUGAUAAGCAGGAGUACUCAGCCAAGACAAUUCGCAAGAAGAUCACCAGCAAACUUCCAGAUUUCCUGAAAGAGUUCCCCCUGGUGGCCGAACAUCCCCACCGUGCCUCCAAGCCUGCGAAGCCCAUCGACUGGGAGCAGGCUCGGUCCAGUCUGGCAGUGGACCGCAGCGUGAAGGAGGUGUCCUGGGCCCGUCCCGGUGCAGCAGCUGGGCUGGAGGUCCUGGAGUCCUUUAUCGACCACCGGCUGAAGGAUUUUGCAACCCAGCGCAACAACCCCAACGGGGAAGCCCUCAGCAACCUGUCCCCCUGGCUGCACUUCGGCCAGGUGUCGGCCCAGCGCGUGGUUCUGGAGGUCCGGCGCCACGGCCGGCGGUGGCCGCAGUCCGUGGACGUGUUCGUGGAGGAGGUUGUGGUUCGCCGGGAACUGGCGGACAACUUCUGCUUCUACAACAAGAAGUACGACCGUGUGGACGGAGCUUAUGAGUGGGCACAGAAGACCCUGAGAGAGCACGCCAAAGACCGCCGACCUUAUCUGUACUCCCGCGGCGAGCUGGAGGCCUCCAGGACUCAUGACAAGCUCUGGAAUGCAGCUCAGUUCCAGAUGGUGUCUGAGGGAAAGAUGCAUGGUUUCCUCCGGAUGUACUGGGCCAAGAAGAUCCUGGAGUGGACAGCGUCACCGGAAGAGGCUCUGGCCACUGCCAUAUACCUCAAUGACCGCUACGAGCUGGACGGUCGCGACCCCAACGGAUACGUAGGCUGUAUGUGGUCCAUCUGCGGGAUCCAUGACCAGGGCUGGAAAGAGAGGGAGAUAUUUGGGAAAGUGCGCUACAUGAACUACGCCGGGUGCACCCGCAAGUUUAAUGUUCCGAAGUUUGAGAUCAAGUACAACCCCAAACGAUGUGAUGACGAAGAUGGAAAUAGGAAAAGGGGGGGUGAUUGAGCACUCAAUGCCAGACUUCUAACUCUGAACUCUGACCUCUCCACUAUGAACUCGGAGCCUUGGCUUUUUCUCACAUGGUCAGAGCACUCUUCUCUCUUCCACCAAGUGCACGGGCUGUGUUCACUCCCACUCUGAAGUGUGCAGCGAUGGUUUUAUCAUCCAUUGUUAUGGCGCGGAGGAGCAAUGAGACAGGGAUUGCCGGUAAAUUCCUUACACCUUUCAUAAAGCAUGAGCUGAGCAGCACCCUGUUCUGAGAUACUCGGAGUCAUUUUGCUGACUGUUAAUAAGGAUAGACCCUUGACUUUCUCUUGGUUGGUAAUGCCAUAAUCUCCUUGGCACUGAGCUGUGAUUUUUAAAAUACACUGUCACUGUUGGGGCUGCAGUCUUCCUCAUUUCCUGUAGUUUCACAGCUGUUCUUUCUGACAGUGCGAGUUACUUUAGUGUGGGUGGUGGCUCAUCCCUUUUUGCUGGCCAGUGACACCUUUCUCUUGUGUGUCUCUAUGGAUCUCCAGCUUGAAUAAAUUGAGUAUUUUCUUA